GUCAAAUGUUGAAAGUAUUGUUCAGUGUUCUUGAACAUAUCAUAAAACAUUUGUUGUCACAGGUUUUUGUUUCUUAAAAAAUAUGUAAAAAGUGAAAGUAUUUUCCGAAAACAAGUGUGUCAAAAAGAUAUUUGAAGGAGAUUAUUUUCAAGAAUCCAACAUGUCUUCUGAAGAUUAUGACAAUUGCGAAUCACCUUGUCCGUAUGAAGAAGAAGAAGAUUAUUUAUACGAUUAUAGUGAUUGUCCAAUCGAUACACCACUGUAUAAUGCUGUUUAUAAUGGAGAUUUAAAGGCCUUUCUUCUUUUAUUUGACGAAAUUUCCUUAGAAGAAAGAGAAGAAAUACGUUCACUAUUGCAUACAGCAGCAGUAAGAGGACAUUCUGAAAUUGUUAGUAUACUUUGCGAGCGCAAUUUCCCUCUCAAUGGAGGAGAUUAUUCCGGUGAUACACCUCUGCACCUAGCGAUACGCAACAAUCAUCCAAGUGUGUUCGACGUAUUAGUAAGAAAAUGUAAUCUGAACGCGACAAAUAGAGUUGGCCAUGCUCCGCUUCAUCUUGCCGCAUACGAAAAUUAUAUUCAAUUUGUAGAAAUUCUUUUGAAAAAAGGUGCAAAAAUUAAUGUACAAAGUAAAAACGGAUAUACACCACUUCAUUGUGCUAUUUAUAGAAAACACAUUCAAUUAGCAGAGAUUCUUUUACAAAAUGGCGCUAAUGUUAAUGUUCAAGCAAAAAAUAAACAAUCACCACUUUAUGUUGCCAUACAAAUAAAGAGCAUCCAAUUAGCAGAGAUUCUUUUACAGAAUGGCGCUGAUGUUAAUGUAGUAGAUAAAAAUGAAACAACGCCACUUGCUUCCGCUGCGAUAUAUAAUAACAUUGAACUUGUCGAAUUGCUUUUAAAAAAUGGUGCUACAAUAAGUGAAGAACAGAAGGCAAAUAAAGAAACACACGAAAUUAUGAUGAUGCCUCUUUAUUACGCAGUUAAGAACAGGAAUUACAAAAUAGUCAAAUUACUAAUGAUGAAUGGAUUUAACGCUGUAGAUGCUGCCUUGCAUGAGGCAGUAAGAAACAAUGAUUAUGAAAUUUUAAAGUAUUUGGUGGAACAUGGUUCGAAAAUUAAUGCAAAAUCUAAAGCCUGGUUGGAAGAUGAAGAUGAAAAAAAAAUUAAGAUAUUUUGGUCUAGAACGAUUCUUCAAUCGUCACUUUCUGAAGGAAGUUUGAAAAUUUGGAGAUAUUUAUUAAAAAACAGUUCGAAAAUUGACGCAUCUCCAAAUUCAGCUCUUCAUUUAGCAGUGCGAGAGGGUCAAACGGAAGUUGUGAAAAAAAUGGUGAAGCAAAAAGACUUGGAUACAAAUUCGAUUGAUAGCAGAUUGGCCGUUUACAUUGCAGUCGAAAAUGGAAAUGAAGAAAUUUUAAAAAUCCUUCUAGAAGCGGGAUAUUCUUUUAAAACUUGUUUUAGAGAUAGAAGUCCUCUUCAUAUUGCAGCAACAUUUAAUCAUACAAGAUUAGUCGAAAUGCUGCUAAACGCUGGCGCUGAUUUGAAUACAAUGACAGAAGAAAAUGAGACCUGUUUACAUUUCGUAACAGCUGCAGGACAAUCAACUGUUGUUAAAUUUCUCCUCGAGGCUGGUAUUAAAACUACUGAAUUUUAUAUGGCUUUAGAAUAUACACUACGCAGAGGUCGAGACUUUGAAAAAUUGUGGACCCUUUCUCCCCUGAUGUAUAAAAAUAUCUCAAACAUCGCGGAAAUGUUGAUUAUUGUAGAAAUUAGUAAAACUAAAGAUCUCUACAAGUUAUGGUCAAGUUUAUCAUAUUUCGCAAACAAAAUAACAGUUCCUGAACAAAAUAAACAAAAGUCUUCCUUGAGCUUACCACAAACAGAAAAAUUUAUCUUGGACGAAAUCAAAUUUAAAGAAACUGACAAAAUUGGAAAAUAUGGAAAUGAAUUUUUAAUGUGCAUCCUUAAUCGCCUGAGUGUUUUUCAAAUUAAACGCUUUUCAGAAGAACUAAUGAUUGAUAUAACAAGAUAUGAUUCUGGUAAAUUUUCUUCAGAAUUGAUGCAUACUAUUUUUGAAUACAAUGAUUAUAGAAGUUGUUUUUAUAAAAAUGAUAUCAAACGAUUAUUUCAUUCAAAUUUAGAAGAUUCUAACAUUAGUUUACUUAUGAUCAGUCACAUUGAAACCGAAUACUCCCUUCAUCAUAUUAAUUGGGGAAGAAAUCCCACUGAUCUUUUAAAAUUGUUCGCUGCGCGUCUAUUUAUUAUUUCCCGUAAUUCUUACUUUGAGAAUGAUCUGCAAUUUUAUAAGAAACAUAAUCUUAUCGAAUGGCGUGAUGAAUGUGAGCGUGAGGUGAAAUUAAUGGAAGAAACAGAAAUUGACAACGAUUAUUGUGUAACUUUCUACGAAAUUUUAACGCAAUCUGUAAAUAAAGUUGCGAACUACACAAGAAAUGAUAGAUUGAUUCAAAUCGUGGAGUCAUCUUACGUGCGAUUUCCAGCUUAUGCUGAAUUUUUAAAGUUGAGUGUUGAAAAAGGCAAACGAAGAAGAGAACUAAUCGACAAAUGUAUGAAUUUCAUGUUGAAUCUAAUUAAAAAAAAUAAUGGAAUUCAAUUCUCAACUAUGGAAAUUAAUCAAAUUUUCCAUUAUCUUUCAGUAGUAGAUAUGCGACGUUUAUUAGCAGCAUUCUCUUAAGUAACAACUCUUUUAAAAGUAUCCAGUAAGAAGCGAGGAAUUAAAUUAAGAAAUAAAUUUAAAACCGCUGCCAAGUUGUAUAUUUUUUUAUAAUUUUGGUGCUCAUUUCAUGAACA